AUGGCCUCGAUUCAAGAGCAAAGCACCAGCGCUCAUCUGCAUUCGCUUAAAGAAGGUGAAGCUACUAGUCGUCCCAACGAGACACUUCCUAAACAAAGAAGCAUCAUAGGGUCCCAUAUUCAACGUCCACCAUCUCAAACAACUUUAGGAAGAUCAAGGGCGGGAAGCAAUACAAUGAGUAAAGUUUCAGGUUUAGAUAUUGCUCGAAGACCAAGUGAGAAUUUAUUAUCAAACAUGAACUGUAACGGCAACGACAAUGAGGGAAAUAUGCUAAAUUCAUUCGUUAAUUCAGCCCUACCACCACCAAAAGUUAACCCUACUCAAACGAGACGUGAACGCCCCGCUUCCAAUAGCUCAAUCGGUACCAAAACUACUGAAGUAUUUUCCUCCACUUCUGCGUCCUCCUCCUUGGGAGAUACCAGUGAUGAGGGAGAAAACAGUGAUGUAGACAAAUCUAAAAUAAAUACUUUCCCCACCAUAUUGAUGGAAAAGGCCACUCAAGGUAUAUGUGCUAAUGGAAAUGGAAUAAGAAGGACAGGUAACCGCACCCUUGUGGAAGCAACCACGGACAGUGCCAAAGUGGCACUGCAAAAAAGCAUGUCUUUUGAUGAAACAGCCUCAGAGAGAACCAUAAAUAAAUCUAGACACUCUUAUCAGGAACAGUUCUCCUCAAAGAAGAACCAGACGUCUUUACUCAACAACAAACAAAGAUCACGUGCUAAAUCGCAAACGUGUCCCUCUACAGGCUAUAAAAACAAUAGCAUUUUGAAAACGUUUGGCAUAACUUCCAAAAUAUCUAAUCCGACUACUCGGAUGGAUGCUUCCUCGGUAGAAUUUAACGUUCCGCCUCAGAAGCCUUUAAAUUGCAAACCAUUAACUCCCUCUCAGAAAUACAGACUUCGUAAAGAGCAAUCGGAAAUGAAUUUAAGAAACAGCAUUAAAAGAAAAGAGAAAUUUUAUGAUAGUCAAGAACAAAUCCUCGAGUUACAAGAGGGAGACGUUGAUGAUUCAUUAAUCUGGAACGUUCCAAUGGCAUCAUACUCUACGAACUCCUUUUUAGCGUCUGCUAAGCCCAAUGAUAUGAAUAACUUGGCCGCCAAGAAUGACCUAUCAGAGUAUACUGGGGGUUUGAUGAAUGACAACUCCGACAACUCUGAUGCAAAGCAAAAUCAUAGGUACUCAAACAUUUCUUUUGCGAGUACAACGUCAAAUGCUUCAUUGUUAGACUUUAAUGAAAUGCCUACGUCUCCAAUUCCUGGUUUAAACAAAGUAUCUGACUUUCAGUUCAUUCAAGAUACAACCAAGAGUCUAGCUUCUGUUUAUUUGCAUUCUUCCAAUAGACUUUCAAGGACUAAGCUGUCCGAAAGAACCAAAUCCUCCGAUUUCUUGCCAAUUGAACUAAAAGAAGCUCAAAAUCAAGGUAUGGAAGAUUUGAUACUUGUCUCGGAGAACAAAUUAGAUGCAGUCAGCCACUCAAGACCAAGUUGGUUGCCACCCAAGGAUCGGCAGGAGAAAAAGCUACAUGAAAGACAAAUUAACAAAAGCAUGAGUGUUGCAUCCCUUGAUCAACUAGGCAAGAAUAAAGGCAAAGAAGAAAAACUUAUUAGAGACGAAACAAAUAAACAAAAAUAUGUGCUGUUGUUGGACAGAGAUAUAACAAGAAAUUCCUCUUUACAAAGCCUAGGUAAAAUGGUUUGGGAUACUCCAUUUAGUGACGAAACUAGGUCAUCAAUUUACAGCGAAAUUUUACAGAGCAAAACUAGGUUUAUUACCAAAAACUAUAUUCAACCAUUUAAUGAGCUACAAGAACUUUUAACAAAAAUGGGGGAUUUCCCUAAAAACAAAGAAAUUGAAAUAUCGCAGCUUAUCGAAACAAGUUUGAGGCGAAAAGUGAGCGGUUUACAUGAUAUAUCCCCUGAUUUGAUGCUUCUAUUGAAAAUAAAAUCUAUCUCGUCGCAGGGCAUAAUCACUGGUGAUGAACUGCUUUUCCACCAUUUCUUGGUGAGUGAAUCAUUCCAGAACUUGGGGCUGAACGAGAUUUGGAAUAUUGUUAAUUUAGUACAAAUGACAUGUUUCAAUGAUCUUUGUAAAGAAAAGUUCGACGCAAAGGUUUUAGAACGUAAGGGCGUCGUCGCUGGUUAUUUAUCGCAAAACGAUGAGUUCAAAGAUGAAUUCAAUACGGAAUGUAUUAACUCUACCACUUGGUGGAAUAUCCUGGAACGAAUUGAUCAUAAACUUUUCAUGUGGAUCAUGGAUAUUAUAGUAGUGAACAAUUCUCAGAGUUAUAAAAAUAGUCCAAUCAACGAAGAUGAGUUUGUCGACAGGGAUUGGGAAUAUUAUCGCUCUAAAAAAGUGGUAACAAAUUACAAGAUCUUAAUUUCAUUUGCUUUAAGUGUAUUGUUAAACUAUCAUUUUGGGUUCAGUGAUUUAAAGAGCCUUUGUAACGUGAAUGACCAGAGAUUCUGCAUUCCAGUAUUCAUCGAUGACGAGUUUGUAGACACAGAUACCGUAAAUGACGUGUUUGUUAAGAAAUGGGCGCAUUACUACAAGAAGUUUUAA